AGUUUUCCAGAUUUAGGAGACAUCAGAAAGGUGGGGCAGAUAGAAUGGAGGUGGCAAAGAUCUCUUUGGGUAUAUAUGGGCCUGGAGAAGUAAUGGAAUAAUUUCUAAUUUUUGGAGAAGCCCUCAUGCCGGGAUGGCAGAAGAUGAGCCUGAUGCUAAGAGCCCAAAGACUGGGGGUAGGGCCCCCCCAGGCAGUGCGGAAGCUGGUGAACCCACCACACUUCUGCAGAAGCUCCGAGGUACCAUUUCCAAAGCCGUGCAGAACAAAGUGGAGGGAAUCCUGCAAGAUGUACAGAAAUUCUCAGACAACGACAAGUUGUAUCUCUACCUUCAGCUCCCCUCAGGGCCCAGCACUGGUGACAAAAGCUCAGAGCCAAGUACACUCAGCAGUGAGGAGUACAUGUAUGCCUAUAGGUGGAUCCGCAACCACCUAGAAAAGCACACUGACACCUGCCUGCCAAAGCAAAGCGUUUAUGAUGCCUAUCGGAAGUACUGUGAGAGCCUUGCCUGUUGCCGCCCACUCAGCACAGCCAACUUUGGCAAAAUCAUCAGAGAGAUCUUCCCUGACAUCAAGGCCCGAAGGCUUGGUGGCCGGGGCCAGUCCAAAUAUUGCUACAGUGGCAUACGAAGAAAGACCUUGGUAUCCAUGCCACCCCUGCCUGGACUUGACCUCAGGGGUUCUGAGAGUCCGGAAAUGGGCCCAGAAGUAACCCCAGCACCCCGGGAUGAACUGGUAGAGGCAGCCUGCGCCCUGACCUGUGACUGGGCAGAGCGAAUCCUGAAACGGUCCUUCAGUUCCAUCGUUGAGGUUGCCCGCUUCCUGCUACAGCAGCAUCUCAUUUCUGCCCGAUCUGCACACGCCCAUGUACUCAAGGCCAUGGGGCUUGCUGACGAGGACGAACAUGCUCCUCGGGAACGGUCAUCUAAAUCCAAGAAUGGUGUGGAGAACCUAGAGGGUGGAGCCCAUAAGAAACCUGAAAGACAAGCCCAGCCUCCCAAGGAGCUAGAAACCCGGGCUGGGUCUGGCCCCCCAGUGCGUGGAGAACGGAAGAAGAGUGUAGUAGAGACCCCAACCCCAGCAGCCAAUAACCCACAGGUUAAUGCCCUGGUGGCUCGGCUGCCUCCGCUCCUCCCCCGGACCCCUCGCUCACUUAUUCGGUCCAUCCGAGUCUCUCCACCUAUCCUGGCCCCCAAGCUUUCUUCAGGUCCCCUGAAAGUGGCCACGCUGCCUCUGCCCAGUAGGCCUGCAGGCCCCCAGGCAGCCGUGCCCAUCAUUAACAUGAUCUUACCAACUGUUCCUGCUUUGCCUGGGCCUGGGCGUCUCACUCAGUCCCAGGGCAUAGAGAGCAGGGAGGUAGGCAUGGGGGGUGACCUAGGACCCCAUGACAAAGGUGUCAAGAGGACAGCUGACGUGCCUAUGAGUGAGGCCUGUGGGCAGGAUCUGCCAGCUAAAGCAGCGAAGCAGGAUACAGAGGAUGCAGGAGGUGAUGCCAAAAGAAAACGGGGACGCCCUCGAAAAAAAUCAGGUGGAAGUGGGGAAAGGAAUUCUACCCCUGAGAAGUCAGCAGCUGUCAUGGACUCUGCCCAGCCCUCCAGGUUACCACAGGAGACAGGGGACUCGGGAGGGGAAAGCAACUCAGCUAGAGGGUCAGAGAGGCCAGGGCCAGUGGGAGAGGCUGAGAAGGGGACAGUGCUUGUCCAAGGUCAGGGAGAUGGUGCUGUUUCCAAGGGAGGAAGGGCCCCCAGUUUCCGGCAUGCCAAAGAAGCAGAAGAUAAAAUUCCUCUUGCUACCCCUAAAGUGAGUGUCAUCAAGGGCAGUAGAAGCCAAAAGGAGGCUUUUCGAUUGGUGAAGGGAGAGAUGGAAACGGCAACACAGGGUAAUAAAGACUUUAAGGGGCAUGUGCUUCAGAGUUCCUUACCGCAUGAGUGUAAAGACCCCAAAGCAACACCCCCAUGAUAGGUAUGGAGGAAGUGUUUAUAUCCGUGUGUUAACUCUGUCUGCCUAGCAGAGGCCCUUCUCUGUGCUUGCAUCUCAUUUGGCUGUUCUUUUCCUAAGGGAGUCCAUUCUCCUCUGUAUAGACAGCUGAGCCCCAGUCUUAUAUAGUGCCUGGUUCCUGCCUCUGACCUUUUCAGUUUGGUACCCUUGGCUUUAGUGUCACCAAUAAAUCGGUAGUGACCUUCUUAUCUGAAUCCCUGUGCUAUGCUAUGGGAAGAUAGGGAUGGGGUGAGUAUAAUGAAUAUAUGGGUUAGGAAUGUAUCGGUUUUAAAUCAUAAAACAAAACAAAACAAAACAAAAAACCCUAACUUAAACUGGCUUAAGAAGUUUAAGUCCAGAGAUAGUGCUGGCUCCAGUGACUCAGUAUGCCUCUAAUUACUUCAUUUGUUUUUUUUCUCUCUGCUCAACCUUCUGUAGUAUCAUCUUAAGACGGGGCCACCUCAUGGCUGCCAGCAUUCCUAGGGUUACGUGUUUCCUCAUUUAUGUCCAACCAGAAAGAGAGGGCAUCUUUGUUCCAGGAAUCCUAGCAAAAGCCUAAAGAUUCAUUCUGAAGCCAGCCUGAGUCACAUGUCCACCCCUAACCAAUCACUGUGGCCAGGAGAAGAGUAUAUGCUAAUUUUCUUAUUCUACUUCAUGGGCUAUACCUUUGGCAAAAAGAAUGGGAUCAGGCUCCUCAGAAUCACACGGAAACCCAAAUGUUAACUUGGGAGGAGGGGGUUUCAGGGGUAUUGGGGGAAGGAGGGGCAACGGACACUUGGCUACUCUUAUGAAGUACAUGUGGUUUUAGCUUGCUAGGGUGACAGCAGCUAGACUUUCCUCUUUUUCCUUAUAGUCUUGUAUUUCCUCUGCUGCAGCUGUGACCUCUUUCCUCUUGUUCUAGUCUUAGAAGGAAAAAGAGGGAAGUCAUUCUCUUUUAGGGACUCUUGAAGUUUUCAGUCUCCUCAUUUAGAUGACAAUCCCUUUUUCUCACCUAUAUUCUCAGAGUUGGAGUGGCUUCCUUUUCCUGUUUCAGAAUUUUAAUUUUCUUAUCCCUCUUUUCCUGUCCCCCCACCCUACUGUCACUUACACCAAAUACAGUGAAAGAUUUACUUCUCAUUUCAUUAAAUUCAUUCUGUGUCCACCAGGUGUCAGUCUCUUGUCAUACAUGUGUCAGGACUUAGCCAGGAUGGUGACUUUAUCCUGCUGUGCAGAAGGCAUAGCUCUGCAUGUCAGACCCUUCAGGUGUGUCCUUGGGAAAAGCAGUAAACCAGUAUUUAUUGAGGAACUAUUUUGUCUUCUGCAUAGGGUAGCUUCUGUCAGGGAAUCUUGGUUCUUCCCAAGAAAUAUAGAUUUUGUUUCAGGGAGACUUCAUUCAUUUGUUCAUUUAUUUUGACCACAGCAGAUUUUUUAACAUUAUAAUAUGUAAUAUUUGAUAUCUAUAAAGAAUAUAUGUAAUAUGUAUAAAUUAUGAAGUAUAAUAAUAAAGUGAAUACCUAUGACCCAUCACCCAACUUACACAUUAAAACAUUGGAAAUACCAUCAAAUUUACUUGUGUUACUGUCGUCCUGUCUCUCCCUAGAGUUAAUCACUUUGACUUUCUACUUAUUACCUGCUAUAUAUACACAUACAUAUAUUUGAACCAUGUUGUAUAUAUCCUUAAAUAAUGUAUUAUUUCAUUUUACUUGUUUUUUUAGCGUUACAAAAAGUGUUAAUACUCUAAUAGUCCCCUGCAGUUUGCUUUUUUUCACUUAACAUUUUUUCCAAGAUUCAUUCAUGUUGUGGUAGAUCGACAAGAUUCAUUCAUUUUCAUCUGCAUAAUAUUCCCAUCAAGUGCAUAAACAAGAAGUUGUUUAUUUAUUCGUCUACCAAUGGAUACUUGGGUUGUUUUUCAGUUUUUUGCUAUUACAAACAAUGCUGCUAUGAAUAUUCUUGUACAUGUCAGUGCCUUGUUUGUAAUAAGAUUUCUAAAAAGGUUUCUAAGAUAGUUCUUUGUUCUGUGUACCCCUGAGUUGGGGAUUGCUCCCUCAUGUCUUAUUCUCUGGAAGAGUUUACAUCAAAUUGAAAUGAACUGUUCUUUGGAAAGUUUGGUAAAAUUCACCUGUAAAGCCACCUGAGUCUUGUGUU